CGAACGACGAAAGGUGGUACUAGAGGUUCAUAAUUAAAAGAUGGGGGCGUUGGCGCUACUGUUCGGAGUCGCAGCGUUUUUCGCAACAGGAGGGACAGCCAACUUUCAGCAGGAAUUAGCAAUAUGGAGCCAAGAUUUGAAACCAGGUUACGUCAUAGAGACGUCCAUUGUUGAUGGCCGGAAAUGCCACUGCAAAGUUCCCGGUUCUACUGUGUCGUCUACGUCACCAACUACGACCAUCAUAACGACGACAGUUACGACGAGCACCAUCCUGCUGAACUCGACUACCACUCCGGAAGAGACGACCACAACCACCCCAUUCUACGACCUCAACGUCAAGUACCGUCAUUUCGUCGACUUCUACCACACCGGUGCCUACGACAGCAACGUCUACUUCCACUACAGCAAAGCCUGCCACAACAACGACAUCACGGCCACUACAACAAAGCCUGAUACAACAACAGCAUCAACUUCCACUACAACCAAGCCUGAUACAACAACAACUUCCACAACGUCCACUACAACAGAGCCUGCUACAACAACAACAUCAACUUCCACUACAACAAAGCCCGAUACAACAACAGCAACAUCAACGUCCACUACACAGAGCCUGCUACAACACGACGUCAACGUCCACUACAACAAAGCCUGCUACAACAACAACGACGUCAACUUCUUCCACAACAACUACCCCAAAGAAAACAACACAGGCCUCCGGAGGUGA